AUGAAAACUUUUCAGAACUGGAGUCCUAGGUCUGAUUCUCCUCUUUUCUUUCCCGGGGGAAUAUCGAGUAAUCUAGAGGAGAGGGACCUAGCAUUUGUGCUGGUGAGGUUGACCUUUGACCUCACCCUAGACCCUGGGGCAGAGCAACACUCAGGUGGGGUUAGAUCAGCCCUGCUCUCAGGACGACUAGGGAACUGGACACACACCCGGAACCCUCAAAGGUGGCCAUCGGAGCUCCCUCCCUCCUCUGAUGACUCUUCCCUCCUUCCUUUCUUAAAUCUUUUGUUUUUUUCCUUUCGCUCUCCUUUAUGCCGCCCCUAUGCCUUCCCGGCUCUUUGGCUCUUCCUCCUCCCUCCUUCUUGUCCUCUCUCCCCUUUCUCUUCUUGCCCUCUCUCCCUCCCCCUCCCUUCCUCUAGCAGGCUUGUCUCCGCCGCCACCAACUCCACGGCGCCCGGGAGCCUAGAGGCGAGCUCGGCGGACCCGAGUCCCUGCCGUGGCCCAAGAGGACCGCAGACCUCGGGCAGGUGUCCGUCUCCCAGCCUGUGCUCAGGAGGCGGCUGGGACAGAAUCUGGGAGCCGUGCGCCAGAGCGGGCAGGAGCUUGGGACCGAGUCCGUGCCCUCCGCGGAGCCGAAAGAGCCGGGGUCUCCGCAGGAGCCGGAGCCGGUGCCGCAGCAGCCGAAAACCAGCGAAAUGUGACGGGGUCCCAGCACCCCGGUCCCCCUCGACCUCGUCCCCCGGAGCAGCGGCCCCAGGUUACCCGACAUCCUGUGGAAGCAGCUGGAACUGUGGCUGGAUGCUGCAGCUGCAGGAAACUCAGCUUCGAGGCAGGCUCCUGUGCUGGGAGAGAAGGAGAAGAUGCAACAUUUUUAAAGUUUCACAAACCCUCUGGCUGCACUGGCCCCCCUGGAGCUGGAGACAAACCGAAUUAAUGUUUUAUACCUUCGGGUAUAGGUUUGAGUUUUCCCCCCCUCAUGCCAAGUAUUUAAAACCUCUAGAAACCCAUGAUUUGACAAUCAAUGAUUGCGCGAUACUUUCAAUUUGAAUAUUCAAAGGCUUAACAAAAUGGACUAUCUUCUGCAGAAAUCCUGCAUACAGAAACCCCAUAGAGGGUCCGGAGAAACAGAGGGUGACAUUCUUGAGGGUCCUGGACCCUGCUUUUACUUCAUUUUGAGUGUUUUGCCCACCUUACCACAAAUGGAGCAGAUGUCCCCAAAGAUACUCUAUAUUUCUGUCUGGGAGGCAGGGCCUGGGCCUCAAGUGUUCUAAUCUGCUCCAUAAGACCAUACUGGACCGAGCUGACUGGUCAGGGGCCAUCUGACAUCCACUAUCCCAGUUAAAGGACAAAUCAUAAGAUUGGGGGGAGCAAAUAUGGCUGCUAAUGAGUGGAGUAGGUCAGGGAACUACUGUGGGUCACUUUCAGAGGCCUCAGGUCCAAGCCCAGGCCACAUCUCUGGGCUUCGUCUCCUUCCUGCUCCUCUUGGCCCACGUGCGGGCUUCCCUCCCCUUUCCACCCCCACUCUCAGCCUGGGCCUCAAAUGCCAUAGUUUCAGCACAGAUUGCCUGCCCAUUAAGACCCUUUGCUCCUCCCUAGGGAGCUGGGGGUGCAAUUUGGCCUCGCCCUCUUGUGAUUUUCUGAGAUUGGUGUUUCUUGAUUAUAAAAUAUUCUCUCUCUUUCCAUAGCCUGUGAGCACUGCCGUCCCAACUUCAGACGUCCUGUAUACUAAGAAAUAUGAGACAAGCUUGGCUCCUGUUUAUUUCAUUUGGGGAAAAAAGCUGGCAGAUUGAUAUUUCUGUUCUCAUUUUGUCAGUGAGAGAUAUGGUGGGCAAGAGACAGCUUUCUCAGGACCAGAUAUGCCCUCAGCAGACAGUUAGCUUGCCUCCUCUGCAGGGAGAUUAGAUUAGCUCGAUUCAACCACACAGGAAGGUGAGAAGGAGGAACAGUCCCAGGUGGAAGGGUUUAAGGAAGAGUGAUGGAGUUAGCCUUGGGCUAAACUCUCCACCAGUCUCAGGGAGGGAAGGAGGGUGAGAGAUGGUAAGAGGUUGUAGACUGAAGAAUGAGAGGGGAUGGGGUGGGGUUAUCUUUGUAAAGAAGACUGACAGCUUCCCAAAGAGACUUCAGGAGUUACAUACAGAACACUAUUAACCUCUUCGAUCUUCUCAAAGUGUACACCCUUGUUGCUGAAUGCCUGCUAAGCAAGUCAAAUAUAGAGAAAGGCAUGUGGAGAUGAGGAUGGAGAAAAUCUGUGUAUGUGGCACUUAAGCUCUUGGGCCUUAACUUGAAAUUCUCCUACACUUGGACUUAUGUUCUGGCAAUAGGGACAGAACUAGCAGAGCUAAGGUAGGAGAGGGAAGGAGUGUCCCACAUGGUUGUUUAGCAGUGGGGACUUUGUAUAGUGAGAAGAGCCUCACUUCCUAAAGGUCCCAGAGUGUCCUACAUAUUUUCUUACCUCAGGUUUCCCAGAUGGUCAGCACGGAGGACCAGAUCUCCUAGUUGCAAGAGGAAGUGCUGAGAAUCCAGGUGGUCAGGUUCUGGUUAGGUUUUCCUCACCUAUCCAAAUUGUGACUUGGGGCUAUUCUUUAAAUUUAGCAGUGGAAACACCAGCAUCGUCUCAAGGAUAAAAGUCCCACGUUCGACCUCUUCAUCUCUCCUUUUGCCCCUCUUGUUAUCUCUGUUUUUUCCUGUCGGUUUCUUCAUUUGUAAAAUGAUUAGGGUAUCCUUAAGGUCUCUUCUAAGCUCAUAUUUAUAAAGAUGGAGGGGACCUUACAAAUUCUCGAAUCCAACCCUUUUAUUUUAAUUUAACCCUUUCAUUUUCAUUUUUAGAGAACUCUUGGACACAGAAAAGUUCAAGAAGUGAUUUCUCCCAGGUUAUAUAUGUAGCAAAUGGCUGGGCCUGAAGCUUAACCCAGGUUCCCUGAAUGCAAGAUUGGCACAUUUUCCACUGCACCACAUUGCCUCUUGUUAAGUCACUGCAGAUAGAAUAUUCUUUGGUCCCAACCCCAUUUCUUGCCUCUCUCUUUCUCCUUCUUUUCUCAUUUUAGAAGUUUCCCCCCUCCAUUUCUAUCUGUUCUCACCUUUUCUUUUUCUUUUUCUUCCUUUACCCCUUUCUCUGUUAGCAUCUAAUCUUCCUCUGUCCCUGGAUAUGGAACAUUGCCUUGGGAUUUAUUGCCUUGUGACUGAAGCAGGAGGAUCUGAGAACCUAUUACUCCAUUAUGUUGUGGGCCCUGAUCCUCAAGACAGAAAUUGCUCUGUCUAUGUUAUUUCCUUUAAAGAAAAAACAAAAUACCUGGACAUCCCAUAGAAGUUAUACCUCUAUUGAAGAGAAAUCACUAGGCCUCCUUGCUUGGAACCUAUUCAGGGAGCUACUGGUCACUGUGCCCUGUCUGAGUUUGUGACAACUGUUAUAAAAAUGGCCAAGUGGUUUCCUGUUCCUGUGACCUUUUUGGCAUGGAAGCCUCCUGACCAGUUAACUUACUGAUUUGGGAAAUGGGAUAUCCAGGCCUGAGACCAAGAUUGGAGGGGAAUUUUUUGCUCCUUGGGAUGACUGGGAAUUUAGUUGACUGCAAUUGUUUCUGCAAUUGGUUACAUAAUCAUUCCCAAUGUUAGAAGAGUGAUAAAGUCUUUAAGUGUGAAAGAGGUGUUGGUGCAGGGGGAGGGAAAGCUUUUCUUGCUGGAGAAGAAGCCCAAAUGUCUGUGGUAUCCUGGAGGAGCAGUCCCUGGUAUAAUACUGCUAUUGGAGAGAUACUUUUUUAAAAAAUGAAGUAUCCAGAGGGGUAGUUCAAAACCUGCCUUUGUUGUUCAUUACUGGUGUGACUUUGGGCAAGUCAAUUAACUUCCAUGGGGCCUCAGUUUCCUUAUCUGUAAAAUGGAGGGGGGGGUGGCGAACCAGCUGGUUUCUAAAGUCUCUUCCAGCUCUGGAUUGAUAGGUGAUCCUAUAACCCUGUGUUCUAGUCCUAUCAUUGCGGAUGCUUUUUCUUCAUUUCUUAUCUGUUAGUCAUAAAAUUCGUGAAGGUGUGUGGAGAUAAAAAAAAUAAACAAACAACAUAUGUUGAAAUGGAGAGGGAGCAUGCUGUUAGUCAAUGUGGAUGGCAGGAACAGUUGCAGGAGAAUUGCCAGAAGCAUGCUCAGGCUGCAGAUUCUGCUCUGAUUAGUAGGGCUAUUAUUCCAAAUGACUCAGAGGAACAUUCACUUACUCAUCUGUGAUCGUACUGCCACCUCUAGUGUCCACAAAGAGAGCCUGUUAAAAUGGACCCCUCAGCGCUAAACGUUGUCAAGGAUUAAAAAAAAUCCUUCAUGAAGAGAGUUACAUUUUAAUUCUCCAGUUUGCUUUGAAAACACAUAAAAUAUUAGAACCUUAGAGUCUGAAGAUCAUUCAGUCCAAGAACCUCUUUUAAUGCAAGAGUCCCUCCUAUGAAAUUUGUGAUAGGUAGUCAUCUGGACUCUGUUUAAAUAAUAAGAGUAACAUUAAAAUUGGGAAGGAUGGUAGUGCAGGAGAAAGAGCACUGGGUUUGGUCUUGGGUUUGAAUCCUGUCUCUGCUACUUACUACCUGUGGGACCUUGGGCAAGUCAAGGAUUCUCUCUAGUCCUCAGUCUCCUCAUCUGUAAGAUGAGAAAAUGGGACUACAUCUGAAAUUCCCCUACAGCUCUAAUUCUUUGACCUAUAGGAGUUUGAAGUUGGAGAGAUGCUUUACAUAAUCUCAUUUGAGCCUCACAACAACCUUGUGGGGCUGGUACUUUAGGUAUUCUUCUUAUCCCCUUUUUCACAGUUAAGAAAAUUGAAGCCUGCACAGCUUAAGGGCCUUGCUUGUGGUGCCAUAGUUAAUACAUUUCAGAGGUGAGAUUUGAACUCAUGUUUUCAUAACUUCAAUGCCAGCAGUCUCAUUUUCUCAGGAGUUGACCAGUUCAGAUCAUGUUUUUCCUUAUGUUGAAAUCUGCUUCCCCGUAACUUCCACAUGUCUGACUGAGUUCUGGAGCAACAAAGAAUAAACUCAUUUUUCGAUGUGACAACUCUUCAACUAUUCCACCAUGCAUGGGGCUUAUUUGUAAUCAAGCUGUCCCCUGCUCCUCAACUAUCCCAUAUAUGAUAUAACUUCAAGACUUCAAAUCAUGUUCAUCGCCCCCUUGUGGAUACAUUAUCAAUUGAGGCAUUGAACAUUGGAGGAUACUAUGUAUUUCUUUUCAAAACUUCAAACUCAGCAGUCUACCAAAACGUGUAGAUCUUCUAUGUUGACAUCUAAUUAUUAUGUGCUAACUACUCUUUGUAGUCUUUGUAGCAGAAAGACAUUUGCUAUAGGAAACAUGGACUUCAAAUAUAAUAGUUUUUAAAGGUAGGUCAUGAUUUGGCUCUUUCAAAUUUUGUAUCGAUUAGAUUAAGUGCAUUGUAUUAAUGGAAAAUUUAAAAUAUAAAUUUAUAAAUUAAAUAUGAAUAUUUUAAUAUUAGCUUGAUACAUCACUAAACCAAAACAAAAAGUGAUGAAA